CGUGAGUGUGUGCGCGCAUACGAAUGUAUGUCAAUUAUAAGGGAUUAAAAUAUGGCUAAAUGGGCGCGCAGUGCUUGUAACGGGAUAGCCAAGUUAAUUGGUAAUAGCUUGAUUGGUGGCAAUUAUUUUCAGUGUUGUGGUUGAGUAAAUUAUAGUGCAAUUCCAUCGAUUUUUCCCACAUCAAUCAGGUGGGAGGGUGGUCAACUGGGCACCAUUAUAGCUACACGAACUAUGGCCAAUAUGCAGAUACAGCACCACUAGCAGCUGCAACUUAGCUUGACUUAAGCCAGCCAUACCAAAACCAAAAGCGCGCGCAAUACGUGAUGUUGAACGUCAACAAUCGACAGUCGCACAUACAGCACACUACUGCACAGGCAGCAGCACAGCAACUGGAGCAGCAGCAACACCUGCUAGACACUGCGGGCGCAACACAUGACGGCCAGCUUUAUGGGGAGGAGGGGCAGCAGCACGACGCGGAUCUAAACUUUAGCAACUUCGCUGAGCUGUGCCGCCUGUGUGGCAUACACCAUGGACCCACCAAGCUGCAUAUCUUUGAGCCGCAGGCGGAGCAGCGCCAAUUGCUCUACAAGCUGCGUAGUCUGCUGCAGGCGAAUAUAACCAAGGACGACUAUCUGCCGAAGCGCAUAUGUGAGCUGUGCCUCGACCGCUUGGAGCACUUGUACGAGUGGCGGCAGCUUUGCGUGCGCAACGAGCAUAUGCUGCGAAACUAUGCCGCCUCCAUGCAGAUGGUCCGAGCCACCAUAGACUUUCAGGACGGCACCGUUAACAUGGACAAGAUGACGGUGGCCCAGAAGAAUGCAUACCUGGAGGCGCACAUGGCCGUGCAACAGCAAAUGGCUCAGGCGGCCAUCCAAUUCAAGCAGCAGCAACAGAGCUCCGUGCAGCAGAGCUCGCCCACGGCCAACAACAACAACAGCAGCCAGAACAAUGGCAGCAUGCAGCAGCAGCAACAGCAGCAGCAGCAGCAACAACAGCAGCAACAACAGCAGCAGCAACAGCAGCAGCAGCAGCAACAGCAACAGCAGCAACAUUAUGCGGCCACCAUUAAAGUGCCACAGAUCAGUUCCUCCAGCUCAGGUGGCGCUGCUGGCGCCGCCGGCGACAGCACUUUUACGGUGCCCGAUGACGGCAUGGGCUUCGAGGGCGGAGUGCGCGUGCUGCAGAGCCUGGGCACCUGGUCAGCGGCGGAACAGCUCACCUACAACAUACCGAAGCCGAAUCUGAUACCCUUCACCGAGCCAUACGUGGAGGGCGGCUCCAUGCAUCCGGCCAGUCGGCUCAAGGCUCUGCAACAGGUGCAGCAGGCCUCCUCCGGGGUGCGCAAAACAAACCCAUCAAAAACCACCAACAAGGCAUUCGAGUGCACCGUCUGUGGCAAGGGGCUGGCGCGCAAGGACAAGCUGACCAUCCACAUGCGCAUCCACACCGGCGAGAAGCCCUAUAUUUGUGAAGUGUGCAAUAAGGCGUUCGCUCGCCGGGACAAGCUUGUCAUCCACAUGAACAAGUUCAAGCACGUGACGCCCACAAAUAUCGCGCCGCUCGGCAAGCGGCUGAACAAUAUGGUAAAGAAGAAGGAACAACCGGAUCCGCCGCCGGAAGACAACAAGCAGAGCCUGGAGCUGCAGCUGCAGCAACAGGCUGUGCAGGUGGCCGCCCAGAAUAUCAUAGUGCAGUCGGCGCAGGGGGCGCCGACAGCGAUUCCGGGCAUCAUCAUACCACACCACCAGCAGCAAUUAUCGUGGACGUGCGAGCUAUGUGGACGCAUGUUCUCGAGCAGGGACGAGUGGUCUAUUCACGCCAAGAGUCAUCUGGAGGUGAAACGGUUAGUCGUAGAGUCCACAAAACAAGCAGCCGCCAUCGCUAAGAGCAACGGCAACAACAACAACAACAGCAGCAACAACAACAACAUCAACAGCAGCAGCAAUAAUCGCGGCUAUCAAAUUGAUGCGAACCGCAACCAAAUACUUAACAACAACUCGCAAAUGGAGGCACAUGCACGUAACCAGAAGAUAAUCAUACAAAAUCAGAUGAUCCUCAAUGCCAACCAACAGCCACAGCCACAGCAACAGCAGCAGCAGCAACAGCAACAGCAACAUGUAGCUGGCGGCAAGAAAGCGGCCAGGAAGCACCACCAACCGCAGCAGCAGCAGCAACAGCAGCAGCAAGCACAGUCCAGCGCGCCUAUGUACAACAAUAAUAAUAAUAAUAGCAGCAGCCAAAACAACAACAACAACAACAACAUCAGCAACAGCAUCGCCCAUCAGGGACAUGAAGUGUCAGUGCCCGUCUCGCACAUCAUUGCCAACUCCCCAACGGCGGCCACUUACAUGCAGGCCCAAUUGACUGGUCUACACGCCGGCAACACCAUCGGCGUCAAUGUGGGCGAUGCUGCCGGCAACAUGAACGUGCCCAUCGUCACCUACAACGGCAAUCAGUAUUGUGUUAUAGCCCGUGCACCGGACUCCGAUGGGAUAGCCAUGCAGAAGCCGCUCGAGUAUGGCCAAGCAGCCACAGCCAACAUAAUUGUAAUGUCGCCGAUGCUGCCCCCGCAGCAGCAACAGCAACAGCAACAACAGCAGCAGCAGCAACAGUAAACGAGUCCCGUCAUGAUUUGCUCAUUAAGCGCUGCGAAAAUGAUGCGGAAAAUUUCAUCAGGCUCGAGGCGUUGGUGGCGUUGCUUCAUUAGCCAGGCCCCUGAAUAUUGAUAUUGGAUAUCGAUUUAGAUAUUGACAGUUAAUGGCGCCUCAUAACUGGUAUUUGGCAAUGCGAUGGGAGAAAGGUAGCCAGCCGCAUUGCUGGCCAGGUAAAUGGAUAGGAAAGUGCGCUGCCCCAGGAUCCGUCUUCAACUUUGCAAUUAGCCUCUCAGCUCACAAGCAGCUCUAAAUACAAAUUGUAAAUAAAGUUUUUAAAAAACAACAAAAUAACUUAA